AUGGCUAUCCCCGGAAAGGUUGCCCUCAUCACCGAUGGGGUCAAGAAUCUCGGUGCCCAUAGCGCUCUCCCGUUGGCUGGUGUCGGCGCCAACCUCACUUUGCACUAUCACUCCGCUAGCGGCAAGAAUGACGCUAUAAAUCUGGAAGCAGAACUAAAGAAGAAAAGGCCCUUCAUAAAAGUUGCCUUCUACCAGGGCCACCUGACCACCGCCGGAGCUGUGGCGAAGCUCUUCCAGGAUGUUCUUGAGGACCCCAGGCCCGCCGAUAUAGUCGUCAACACGGUGGGCAAAGCUCUCAAGAAGCCUAUCGUUGAGAUCAAUUGUUGUAAACAGCUAGAUUAUUUCCCAUAA